GUUCAAAACCGGCUUCCUGCUUACCGUAGUGUGAGCGGUCUACGUUGGCAACAUGGCGUCCUUAGAUGUCCACGUCCGAAUUUGUGAGCAAGAAAUACUCAAAUAUGACUUGGAAAUUAAAGCUCUCAUCCAGGAUAUUAAUGAGUGCACGGGCCCUCAGAGCAAGCUGACAGAACUGAACGCAGAUGUGAAAAAGAGUUUCCACAAUCUCAGAUUGCGGAUUCAGGAUUUAGAGCAGAUGGCAAUGGAGCAAGACAAAGAGUCAGACAAGCAAGCUUUGAUCAGUCAGGUAGAGGGACACAGAAAACAGAUGAUGAGUAACCAGAAAGCUUGGAGGAAAGCCAACCUUGCAAGCAAACUGUCCAUAGACAAUAUGGAAAAGCAGGCACUUAUUUAUGGAGCAGAUAUUACCUUGAGACAGAGGAAGAUGAAAAAAGAGGGCCUGGCCCAGACAACCAGCAACAUUACAGAAAAUCUUAUGAGCAUCAGCCGGAUGAUGGCCCAGCAGGUUCAGCAGAGCGAAGAGGCCAUUACAUCACUAGCAACGUCCUCAAGGACAAUCCAAGAGACCAACGAGGAAUUUAAGACCAUGACAGGGACCAUCCAGCUCGGGAGAAAACUCAUCACCAAGUACAACCGCAGGGAGCUCACUGAUAAACUGCUCAUCUUCCUGGCGUUGGCUCUCUUCCUCGCCACAGUUCUCUACAUCCUCAAGAAGAGACUAUUCCCUUUCCUGUAGACCAGGUACCUUUGAGGAGCUCUCCCGUAACCACGUGCAGUACUUUCCAUAGUCAGCGCAAAUGAUUUAAACAAUUCUGAAUACUGCGUGUCAUAUUACACACACAUUACACAUGUCUGCUCAGUGGAAUGUGGUCUGUUCACUCGGCUGAACUGUGACACUGCUGAGGGUGAAAAAUUGUCCACAAAAGAGGAAGAUAAACCUCCGCACCCAUAGCUCCAUGCAGUGUUUUAUUUAUUAAAAAGAUUGUGGUAUUCAUUUUUUCAUCAAACAAAGGGAAUCAGUGAUUAAAGAGGAGAUACGUUUUUUGGCACAAACUGUGUCAGAAGCCCAUUUUUGGUCGGUGACACAGUAAUGCUGUGCAUUGCUUAUGAUCAAGCCAGACAUGGACGGACAACCCGUAGAAAUCUUUUCUUUUACACAUUCCUGUGAAGCAUUCCGUACUGUUUUUCCCUUCAUAUUUACCAGUGUUGCAAAGAGUACCCAAAAACUGUAUUUUGUGGACGAGUUUGCUUCAGAUUUAGUUAAGCAUACUGAUAAUGUGCUGACACCUGUAAAACUCAUGUUUAAGCAUGACUCUACAGUGAGUUGCCAUGUAAAAAAAACAGUUAGUUUAAGAUUUCAAAAAAUGUGUAAGGAAAAAAAUCUAAAUACAAUUUUUUUUUUUUUGUGAAAAUCUGAACUGAUUAUCACAGAACUAGUGCCACUGUUAAUAUCAGUUCAGCAUGCUUUUACUGGCAUGAAAGUUAUGAAAACAAUGUUGCCAAGUAGUAAAAAAAAAAGUCACAAAAAAGUUCUGGUAGGUCUGGGAGCAUGUUUGUGUAACAGAAAAAGGUGUCUUUUUAAAUGGUUUUAAAUGGUUUUAACCAAACCAUUACAGUUCUGACUGACUUUUUCAUCUGAUAUCAUAAAGUCACUGUGCAAGUCAUGUACAAGCUUUUUGUGUAAUUUUUAUUCACAAUGAUAAACUGUAUCUUUACUGUAUUGUAUAAGUUAUCAUAACAUUAUAAUGAGCUAAUGCAAUUUUUUGUGAAUAUACGUAUUUAAAUGCUUUAUCACAAUCCAAGGCCAUCGGCACUCACUCGCUGAUUGUGCUUCACUACCCCAGUCAUUAGAAUGGCAUUCUAUAGUAUAUGCGCACUUAAAACUGCGCCUAUGUUUUUUUAUUCAGUUGGCAUGCAGACCAAAAAAAACAAAAAACCUUACUCAGCGUAAGAGUCAGCGCACUCUCCCCUGUCUCUGCCCAUGUUAGCCUGUCUCUGCUCUGCAGCGCAGCAGAAAAGCUCAGAAAAGCAGUGGCAGUCAUCACACUGGCAGAGAUAGAGCAGCAUGCAUCCCUGCCUUUCUUCAGAUAAGACCCGGAAAAGCAGAUUAUUCCGACCCGUUUCCCUCUCCCUUUCCAGUGUGAGUGGAGGUUGAGGGGGGAUAUUUUUAGGUUUGUGUGGCGCUGUUAUCUGACAUUGCCUUUUCAGCACCCCGGAGGAGAGGGUGGCCAGAGGAGCUACAUGACCUUGCUACCCUUUCUCCAAUUGCCUGGCCUUGCCAUUUUGUUAAAUAUGUGUAAAUGCUGUCAGUAUUGUUUAUCAAUAAACACAAAGUUUUCUGGCUUGAUGUUU